UUCAAGAAUAUUGACUGCUGGUAAACUCAUAAGUAGUGUGCAGAUGACGAAAGUUUAAAAUAUUGUUUUUCUAAGAAUUGACUCGCACUUACGAACCAACAAAAUAAAAUAUGUUCCCACGUCUGCAAUGGCUGAAGGCGAUGCCGCGCGCCCUUCGGGAGCUGCCGGGUCAAACGUCCAAACGAUCUUUCAAGUCAUUCGCCUUCAACGAGACCAAGAGAGGCGCCAGUACGGAAUCGGAACCGGCGUUAAGUAGCGGAAUACCACAUAUAAUGGGAGGUCGUAAUUACAAAUAUAGUGAGGGCCAAGUAUAUCACGGCUUCCUGUGCGAACGUAUAGAAUAUAUACCCGACUUUGAGCUGGUCUCAUGUACGUUGCGGCAUUUGGGCACGGGGACGGAGUUUUGGUACAUAGAUCGGAAUGAUACGAAUAAUGUAUUUUCCAUUAAUUUUCGUACCACCCCAUUUGAUUCGACGGGGCUGCCGCAUAUAUUGGAGCACCUUGCGUUAUGUGGUUCCAAAAACUUUCCAGUUCGCGAUCCAUUCUUUAAAAUGCUAAAUCGUUCGGUUGCAACUUUUAUGAAUGCCAUGACUGGCCCGGAUUACACGCUAUAUCCAUUCUCAACCAUGAACGAGGUGGACUUUAGGAAUCUGCAAAAGAUCUACUUGGAUGCGGUGUUCAGACCAAAUUUGGCGUAUUUGGAUUUUCUGCAAGAAGGCUGGCGUCUAGAACACAAGGAAUUAAGCAAUAACAACUCUGAGCUUGUUAUCAAAGGUGUCGUCUAUAAUGAAAUGAAGGGAGCCUUUUCGGAAAAUUCGCAGGUUUUUAUGCAAAAUCUGCUGAACAAUAUGCUUCCGGAUCAUACGUAUGGCUACGUAUCUGGUGGCAAUCCACUGGAGAUUCCCAAAUUGACCCACACGGAUUUGGUUAAGUUCCAUCGCAAAUACUAUCAUCCAAGCAAUGCGCGCAUGUUCUGCUAUGGUUCGUUUGACGUAAUGAAAACACUCGCAUUUGUCGACAGUGAAUACUUGGCCGAACAUUCGUGUAUAGACGAUUCCUAUAGCCGUAUACCAAAUCAAAAGCCUUGGUCGCAGCCACGCAAUGUACACAUUCCUAGUCGACUAGACAGUUUGGGUGCCACCUUCGAUAGACAGAACCAGAUAGCUAUCGCGCUGCUGAUGUGUGAUUCGACCAAUAUACAGGAAAGUUUCGAACUGAAUGUACUAUCCGAAAUAUUGAUUCGUGGCCCCAACUCGGCUUUCUAUAAGAGCUUAAUAGAGCCAAAUUUCUCUGGAGGCUACAAUCAGAGUUCGGGCUAUUCGUCGGAUUGUAGGGACACAUAUUUCGUUGUGGGCCUGCAGGACCUGAAGGUUGAAGACUUUACAAAGUUUAAUGAGCUAUUUGAUCAAACUGUUCAUACAACUAUCGAAGAAGGCUUUGAAGCUCAGCACAUUGAAAGCAUUCUGCACAACUUGGAAUUAUCAUUGAAGCAUCAGAGUCCUCACUUUGGUAAUGCUUUGUUAUUUAACUCGACGUCUUUGUGGAAUCAUGAUGGUGAUGUUGUCAGCAGCUUACGAGUUUCGGAAAUGAUUGCCCAGCUGCGCUGCAGACUUAAGGAGAACAAACACUAUUUCCAACGGAAAAUGGAAAAGUACUUUGUAAACAAUACUCAUAAGCUAACACUAACAAUGUCACCGGACGAAAUGUAUGAGGAGAACUUCAAGCAGGCUGAGGCUGAGAUGUUAAAACAGAAAGUCAAUGCGCUCGAUUCCGAAAAGCGACAAGAAAUAUAUGAGAAUGGCAUCAAAUUGGAGUCUUCUCAAAAAGCAAAAGAAAGCACGGAUGUCUUGCCGUGUCUAACGCUGAAUGAUGUUAAGGAACCACCCAAACUACCGAUGAUAGAAACGAAAACUUUCGCCGAUGUUCCCACUCAGCUGUGCAAGGUGCCCACUAAUGAGAUUUCCUACUUUAAAUGCUUGUUCAAUAUUACUGGACUAAGUCGAGAUGAACUCAUGCUUAUCCCAUUAUUCAGUAACGUCAUUAACGACAUGGGCACUGCCAACCACAAUUUCCGUGAAUUCGACAAGCUCGUUCUUUCCAAAACUGCUGGCAUUGACUUUAAAUUGAAUUUCGUUGAGAAUGUAAAGGACGCAAAAUCGUAUCAAGUGGGCUUAAUGAUGACCACGCACGCUCUCGACAAGAAUGUGAAGGAUAUGUUUGAACUGUGUAAGGAGUUGCUGCUUAAUUUCAAACUUGACGACACGGAUCGCCUGAAGAUGCUCAUCGAAAACUACAUUUCUAAUAUAUCAGUUGGAAUCGCCAGUUCCGGUCAUUUGUAUGCAAUGCUAAGCUCCGCUGCCCUGGUCAGUGAUGCUGCCCAACUGAAAUCCCUGUUAUCGGGAGUUGAUCACAUUGAUUUUAUGAAGAAGUAUGUCGAACAGAACAGUACAGAGGAGAUCCGAGAAAGAUUAGUUCAUAUUGGUUCGAAGGUCUUUAGCAAGAGCAACAUGCGUGUCACCAUCAAUACUUCAGAGGCUUUUCAACCAACUGUCCUGGAGCACUACCAGACUUUCCUGCAAAACCUGCCAACGUUCGAAGAUAUGACUGAGACGAGUGAACUGACAUUGUUGGAGCCAAGUUACCAACAUUAUGUAAUGAAUAUUCCCGUUAACUACUGCGCAAAAUCAUUCUUCGCUGUGCCAUAUUUGCAUGACGAUCAUCCCGUAUUGCGCGUGCUCGCUAAACUCAUAUCGGCCAAGUAUCUACUGCCUGUGGUGCGGGAGCAAAAUGGAGCUUACGGCGCAGGUGCCAAAAUUGGCUCAGAUGGCAUAUUCGCAUUCUUCAGUUAUCGCGAUCCGCACUCUACGAAGACACUGGAUGCCUUUGAUAACACCUACGAUUGGUUAAUGGCGGAAAGCAGUAAGCUCGAUCAGCAAACAAUAUUCGAGGCCAAAUUGGGUGUACUGCAGCAGCUGGACUCGCCCACUGCACCUGGCAACAUUGGCAUCGAUUUCUUCCUCUAUGGCGUUUCGCAGGAGAUGUUUGUGAAAUAUCGAUCACGCGUGUUGUCCGUAACCGUUGACGAGCUGCAAACAGUUAUUGAUAAGUACUUUAAAGAGAAACCAAAACACGUUGGCAAAUGCAUUUUAGGGCCCACCAACGAAAAUUUAGAACAGGAAACUAAACUGAAUUGGAAAAUCAUAUCUUAAUUGUCGCGUAUUACAAAUUGAAAAUUUUGACUGUAUAUAUAUACAUACCUAUAAGCUACAACAUUUCACUUAUUUCUAUUU